AUGGGGCCCCUCAAUGGAUCAGUAUCCGCCGGCAACGGGCGGGCUCAUGCGUCGACUCAAGAAGGGGUCGAGGAAGAAGACGUGCAAGGGCAGGACGACCUGCUGGGAGAGGUGGGCAGCGGAUAUACCCCUUACCUGGGUCGACUGACGGCUGUCGCCUGCCUUGGCGGGCUCCAGUUCGGAUGGGACACGGGGAUAGCAUCUGGUAUGCUCGUCGCCAUCCACCAGGACCUCGGGCAUACCCUCUCGGCUGUCGAACAAGAGGUCAUUGUCUCGGCCACCACUGUGGGCGCCAUCAUCGGCGCCCUCUCGGCGGGCCGGCUGAGCGACUGGAUCGGCCGAAAGAGAGUCAUGGUGAUUGCUGGCAUCUUCUUUGCGCUCGGCUCCGUCGAGCAGGCCGCUAGUCAAGUGGUCAGGGAGCUCGUCUUGGGAAGGGUCCUCGUUGGGCUCGGGGUCGGUGCCGCCUCGAUGGUUGUGCCCACGUUCUUGGCAGAAUGUGCACCGACGUCGGUUCGAGGUCGCAUCGUAGCGAUCAACUCGCUCCUCAUCACCGGUGGUCAAGUCAUCGCAUAUGUCGUCGAUGCUGCCUUUUAUCACCUACCCCACGGCUGGAGAUGGAUGGUACUCGCUGGCGGAGUACCCGCUGUGGUUCAGCUCGUCGGCCUGGUCGUCUAUCUUGAUGAGUCCCCACGCUGGCUCGUAUCAAAGGGUCGACAUGUCGAUGCGCGGCGGGUGCUUUCGAGAAUCUACCCGAUGGCUUCAGAAGAUCAAGUCUCGAGACAGGUCGAGAAGAUCGACUUGGCGAUGCGCAGCGAUGUGUCCCUUGCUCCUCUACCAAACACGACUGCGACGCUCAAAUCGCAGCUGUCGGACGUCGUGAGAGACCCCACCAAUCGAAAAGCGCUCAUUCUCGCGUGCGGCCUUCAGGCUGGCCAACAGCUGACGGGCGCCAACUCGAUCCUGUAUUACUCCAGCCGUCUCCUGCUUCUCGCGGGCUUUCGAACGAAUCCAAACUCAGCAGCGGUUGCUGUCGCCGUGGCCAACUUCAUUGGAACGGCCUUGGCGAUGCGCUUUGUCGAUCGAUGGGGCCGGAGAAGGCUCCUCUUGAGCGCCACAGCCGUGGCAGCAGUCUGCUUGGCUCUCCUCGCUCUGGCCCUCGGCAUGAUCGACACGGGAGAUGUCGUCGACGAUGCCCUCGAUCAGGCUGCGGGGUUGGCCGCUGACGUGGGCAAGAGCGGCGGCCCUUGGCCCUACCUGUGUCUCUCCGCCAUGGUCCUCUUCCUCUUCUUCUACGCGCUUGGUCUCGGAAUUGUGCCGUGGCUCGUUCAAUCGGAGAUCUUUCCAGGUCCCGUUCGCGGAAUUGGCUCCGGCCUCGCUACGGCGACCAACUGGACUUGCAACCUCAUCAUUUCCGCGACGUACCUGGAUCUCGUCAAGCUGAUCACGCCCGAGGGUUCCUUCUGGCUCUAUUCAGUCAUUGCAGUCCUCACAUGGCUCUUUGCCUACUUUAUGCUGCCCGAGAUGACGAACGUGAGCCUCAACGACGUCCAUGCCGCGCUCGACAGCCAUCGGGCAGGCGGCGGCACAGCACAGGGCCCAGGAAACCAAGGGUACGAACCAGUGCUGGGCAGCGACAGUGAGGAGGAAGAGGAGGAGGAGGAGGAGGAGGAAAGAGGAGGCGCGGGCGAUGAAGAAGAAGCAUGGAGUGCUCGAUGA